AUGGGUCAUUUUGUUUCAUCCAGAAUGAUGUCUCCCAUUUCCGCCACUCCAAAGCCUGGUUUGACUCAAGUUCCAGUACUGAUACCGAUUCGGAAUGCCGCCAUUUCAUCUUCGCAGCCACCUACGCAAACGUUUCAGCCAUAUGCUUCACGGAUAUUAGCAGAUGAGUCGAUCGAUUCGGUUAAGUCUAAUGAACGCUAUCCGGAUAAUGAGCACUCUUAUCUCCCACAGCCAGACUUUAGUAAUAUUUACCUACCUGUGGCUGACCCGAUGUCUGGAGCGGAUUCUGUUCCCGCUGAAGAUACUCCAGAGCUGUAUAUGUCCUCAACUACCAACUACACUGGUGCGAAUGGUAGCUUCGCUGAUGGACUUGAUCACACCAAAAAAAAGCAGUCUUCCCAGUUUGCAUCUAAUGAUCACAAAAGCUCUCUCGAAGAGUGUGCUGCUAUCAAGAGCGUGCAUCCUAUGUUUCUCUCUCGAAAGACCGAUCUUUCAUAUGUUGAAGACCUCAAGAUCCCUAAAGGCCUUCUUAGCUACACAUUUUUUUCGGAUGUAACCAUGAAGUUGCACUUCUAUGCAAUGAAUACGAUGCCGUUCCGAAUAUGUUUGGAUCCAAGCAAUAGAAUUCUGAUUGUGGAGAUCACGAAGUUUGCUCCAUUGUAUGAUUUCAUGUACCAUUCUCUUCUGGCUGUUUCCCUCUUGGAUUUGUACUACCAAAAGGUUCUGACUGGAACGGACGACGUCCUAGAUCUGGAUAAAAGCGUCUAUUUAAUGCUCGGUGACUAUCAUAUGUCCAGGUCUAUGCGUGAGUUAGUAGAAGAGGUUAAAGUGGAAGAGGAUGUAAAGAAGUGUGUCACACUAAUACUAACUACCAUGAUGCAUAUAUUUUAUGCCACUGGCUGUCCUCAUCAAAAAAUAGCAUCCAAGACUUACUAUACUCUUGGUAAAAAUCUAGGUAUUUUGUUCACCAGAUAUGCUCUGAUAUACAAGGGUUGUUCCUGUUUCAAUAGAGCCUGCGCUCGCUACUGUCUUAAUGAUUUCUCUAGAAGUCCUUUGAUAUAUUCUCCUACGUUCCUUUACGGAUUGCUUGAUGUUUUUUACCCACAUUCAGAUCAAUCCUCUGGAAAGUUGAGAGUUAAGCCACUAGAUAAGGAAGAAGUGGCUAUUUUCACAUCGUUGAUAGAUAGGCUCGACAGAGAAUACAGAGCAUAUAUGAACAACUUUGAGAUUCCUAAUCCCCUUAGAAGUGUAAGGUAUGUUACCCUUGAAGGCCUUUCAAGUACCCCAGUGGGAUCUCCUGUUUUGGAUGGCCAGGGGCAGCAUAGUUUUGAGUUUGAUAUGUACGGUACCCUGUCAAGAUACAUUGUUGAUAUUCCAGACAGAUUUAUCGAGAUGGUUGAUCUAGGAGAUCCUCGAGCCUUGAUCUUGGUGGCUUACAACAUUCUCAUUCUAAGUGUCAGAGUUUAUGAGUACUGGCCUAAAUCCGUUUUUGGAGACGAGAUUAUAUACAUUGACCACAGAUUAGAUAAGGUGGAGAACUCAGAGCUUUGGAAAUCGUGGUUGUCCGUUGCUUAUUUAUCGGUUAAUUCCCGGUAG